AUGGCACCAAAGUAUACCAACAAGCUCGCCAACCAACGUGUUUUGAUUCUGGGGGCCACCUCUGGAAUUGGCUUUGCCGUUGCCGAGGCAGCCUUUGAGCAUGGUGCCAACUUAGUGAUUUCGAGUUCCAACGAGGACAAGCUCGACAAGACAGUUUCCCGGCUCAAGGAAGCCUACCCGGCUGAAUUUGAGAAGCAGACCAUCACCACCCACGUCUGCGACCUCUCGGAUGCUGCCAACCUGGACACCAACCUCGAACAGCUCUUUGAGGCUGCUACAGACGGCGGUAGUAUCAAGCUGAAUCACAUCGCUACGACUGCAGGCGAUGCUCUCAAUCUCCCUAAGCUCGCCGAGCUCACGCCUGAAGCUAUCUACAGCGGCAUGACCGUCCGCUACAUCGCACCGGCGAUGAUGGCCAAGUUCAUUCCUAAGUACGUUGAGAGCUCACCAUCCAGCUCUUUCACUGUUACUGGCGGCAUGCGAGGCGAGAAACCGGCCCCGGGCUGGACCAUGGCUACAGCUAUCUGUAGCGCAAUCACCGGCCUUGCUCGUGGUCUUGCAUUGGACCUGAAGCCCAUUCGGGUGAAUGUGGUGCACCCAGGUGCCGUCAAGACGGAAUUAUUCAGCAUGUUUCCUGAAGAACAGCUCGAGGGAAUGUUGAAGAUAUUCCGGGAUAGUUCGACGACUGGGACUGUUGGAAAGCCGGAGGAUUUGGCGGAGAGUUAUAUCUACCUCAUGAAGGACGAGUUUGUGACUGGAUCUGUUAUUGAGUCGAAUGGUGGCGCUUUGUUGAAGUAA